AACAGCUUUAAUACCGACAGGAUCAAAGGAUUGAUUCAACUAUAGUUGCAAUCUUCACGUUUAAUCUGGGAAUGCAGAGGCCGACAGAGAUCCUCGCCUGUGGAUUGUACUCUGCAACAUGCAUUACAAGGUUGAACUCUGCUAGUAUCCCAAUAGCUAUUUUUAAGUCUGGGAUCUUGUGUGUUUGCAGUAGCCAUUGGUGUCUUGCUCCAUUACACCCAUUAGAACGCUUGAAUGAGGAGAGUAUGGUAACCAUGAUUAAAACCGGUCCGGAAGGCCCGACGGGCGCGCAGCGAAGUUGGUAUACAAAUAUCCAAAGAUGAACGAAGGAAUUUAAAUAUUACGCCCGCCACACUGUGAAUAUUUCUGUUCGGCUUCUGCACGACUAAAGAGAAUGGUUGUAUGAAAAAAAAUUCUCUAUUACAUAGAAAUGCGCUUACCAAGCGGCCGAUAGCAUCUCAUGGCUGAUCGAAGUGAAC